GGCCCCCACGCGCCGCCCCGCCCCGCCCCGCCCCACGGCCGUGGGGCAGCCAGCAGCGGCCCCCCCGCCCCCCCGCCCCGCGCCGGCUGCAGCAUGGCCUGGUGCCCCCGGAGCGGCGGGGGGCAGGCUGCUGCCCAGCUCUGACCAGGGUCCCCCCAUACUGACCGGCCCAGCUUGGUCCAUGGAUUGGCCGUUUGGCCGCGCUCUGCUCGCUGGCCACGGCUGCUAGGGGGGACCCGGCUUCGGAGGAUGGAGACCCCGACACAGAGCAGGCGCUGACCGGCUUCCCCAUCCGCCCCGCCCCAGCGCCAGGCCCGGCUCCCUCCCGCCGCCAUGGGUGAGCUGGCGAACAGCGCGCUGGAUUUCUACCCCAGGAGCCAGCGGCGGGCGCUGAACCAUGCGGGCGGCCUGGGCUGCACCCUGCCCGAGCUGCGGGGCCUCAUGGAGCUGCGCGGGGCUGAGGCCUUGCAGAAGAUCCAGGAUGGCUACAGCGACAUCAGUGGGCUCUGCCGCCGGCUCAAAACUUCCCCGACUGAAGGCCUGUCGGACAACGCGGCCGACCUGGAGAAGCGGCGGCAGAUCUACGGCCAGAACUUCAUCCCGCCCAAGCAGCCCAAGACCUUCCUGCAGCUGGUGUGGGAGGCUCUGCAGGACGUGACGCUGAUCAUCCUGGAGAUCGCGGCCAUCAUCUCCCUGGGUCUCUCCUUCUACGCCCCCCCGGGAGAGGAGAGCGAAGCCUGUGGGAACCUGGCCUCGGGCGCGGAGGACGAGGGCGAGUCGGAGGCCGGCUGGAUUGAGGGGGCGGCCAUCCUGCUCUCCGUCAUCUGCGUGGUGCUGGUCACGGCCUUCAACGACUGGAGCAAGGAGAAGCAGUUCCGGGGACUGCAGAGCCGCAUCGAGCAGGAGCAGAAAUUCGCCGUCGUCCGCAACGGGCAGCAGAUCCAGAUCCCCGUGGCCGAGCUGGUGGUGGGAGACAUCGCCCAGAUCAAAUACGGCGACCUGCUCCCUGCUGAUGGGAUUCUGAUCCAGGGGAACGACCUGAAGAUUGAUGAGAGCUCCCUGACCGGGGAAUCGGACCAUGUGCGGAAAUCCGUGGAGAAAGAUCCCAUGCUGCUCUCAGGCACCCACGUCAUGGAGGGCUCGGGGCGCAUGGUCGUCACGGCCGUCGGGGUGAACUCCCAGACUGGGAUCAUCUUCACCUUGCUGGGAGCCAGUGGGGAGGAAGAGGAGAAGAAGGAGAAGAAAGGGAAGCCCCAGGACGGUGUGGUGGAGAAUAUCCAGAACAAAGCCAGGCAGCAGCACGGCGCGGUGGCCAUGGAGAUGCAGCCGCUGAAGAGCGCGGAGGGCGGCGAGCUGGAGGAUCGGGAGAAGAAGAGGAGCAGCGCGCCCAAGAAAGAGAAAUCGGUGCUGCAGGGCAAGCUCACCAAGCUGGCUGUGCAGAUCGGGAAAGCAGGUCUGGUGAUGUCGGCCAUCACCGUGAUCAUCCUGGUGCUGUACUUCGUGAUCCAGACCUUCGUGCUGGACGGGCGGGUGUGGCUGGCCGAGUGCACCCCCGUCUAUGUCCAGUACUUCGUCAAGUUCUUCAUCAUCGGCGUCACCGUGCUGGUGGUGGCCGUGCCCGAAGGGCUGCCCUUGGCCGUCACCAUCUCCUUGGCCUACUCCGUCAAGAAAAUGAUGAAGGACAAUAACCUGGUGCGGCACCUGGACGCCUGCGAAACCAUGGGCAACGCCACAGCCAUCUGCUCCGACAAGACGGGCACCCUCACCACCAACCGCAUGACGGUCGUGCAGGCCUACCUGGGCGACACCCACUACCGCCAGACGCCCGACCCCGGCAGCCUGACGCCCCGCAUCCUCGACCUGCUGGUGCACGCCAUCGCCAUCAACAGUGCCUACACCACCAAGAUACUACCUCCAGAGGACGGGGGGCUGCCGCGGCAGGUGGGCAACAAGACGGAGUGCGCCCUGCUGGGCUUGGUGCUGGAGCUGCGCCGCGACUACCAGCCCGUGCGCGACCGGCUGCCGGAGGAGAAGCUCUACAAGGUUUAUACCUUCAACUCGGUCCGCAAGUCCAUGAGCACCGUCACCCGCCUGCCCCAGGGCGGCUUCCGCGUCUUCAGCAAGGGGGCCUCCGAGAUCCUGCUCAAAAAGUGCUCCAGCAUCCUGAGCAGCAGCGGGGAGCUGCGCAGCUUCCGCCCGCGGGACCGGGACGAGAUGGUGAAGAAGGUGAUCGAGCCCAUGGCCUGCGAGGGGCUGCGCACCAUCUGCCUGGCCUUCCGGGACUUCGCUGCCGGCCCGGAGCCCGACUGGGACAACGAGAACGACAUCGUGGGGGAGCUCACCUGCAUCGCCGUGGUCGGCAUCGAGGACCCCGUCCGGCCCGAGGUCCCCGAGGCCAUCCGCAAGUGCCAGAAGGCCGGGAUCACCGUCCGGAUGGUGACGGGCGACAACAUCAACACGGCCCGGGCCAUCGCCGCCAAGUGUGGGAUCCUCCAGCCCGGGGAGGACUUUCUCUGCCUGGAGGGGAAGGAGUUCAACCGACGCAUCCGCAACGAGAAGGGAGAGAUCGAGCAGGAGCGACUGGAUAAGAUCUGGCCCAAGCUGAGGGUCCUGGCCCGAUCGUCCCCCACUGACAAACACACCCUGGUGAAAGGCAUCAUCGACAGCACCAUCGGGGAGCAGCGGCAGGUCGUGGCCGUGACCGGGGACGGCACCAAUGACGGGCCGGCGCUCAAGAAGGCCGACGUCGGCUUUGCUAUGGGCAUCGCGGGCACCGACGUCGCCAAGGAGGCCUCGGACAUCAUCCUGACCGACGACAACUUCUCCAGCAUCGUCAAGGCGGUGAUGUGGGGCCGGAACGUGUACGACAGCAUCUCCAAGUUCCUGCAGUUCCAGCUCACCGUCAACGUGGUGGCCGUGGUGGUGGCCUUCACCGGCGCCUGCAUCACCCAGGACUCCCCGCUCAAGGCGGUGCAGAUGCUCUGGGUCAAUCUCAUCAUGGACACGUUCGCCUCCCUGGCGCUGGCCACGGAGCCGCCCACCGAGUCGCUGCUGCUGCGCAAACCCUACGGGCGCAACAAGCCCCUCAUCUCCCGCACCAUGAUGAAAAGCAUCCUGGGCCACAGCGUCUACCAGCUGAGCAUCAUCUUCAGCCUGCUCUUCGCGGGGGAGAUGAUCUUCGACAUCGACAGCGGGCGGAACGCCCCCCUGCACGCGCCCCCGUCGGAGCAUUACACCAUCAUCUUCAACACCUUCGUCCUGAUGCAGCUUUUCAACGAGGUCAACGCCCGCAAGAUCCACGGCGAGCGGAACGUCUUCCAGGGCGUCUUCGGGAACCCCAUCUUCUGCGCCAUCGUCCUGGGCACCUUCGGCAUCCAGAUCGUCAUCGUGCAGUUCGGGGGGAAGCCGUUCAGCUGCUCGCCCCUCAACGCCGAGCAAUGGCUCUGGUGCCUCUUCGUGGGCGUCGGCGAGCUCGUGUGGGGACAGGUGAUCGCCACCGUCCCCACCAGCCACCUGAAAUGCCUGAAGGAGGCAGGGCACGGUCCCAGCAAGGACGAGAUCACGGACGAGGAGAUGGCGGAGGACGAGGAGGAGAUAGACCACGCCGAGCGGGAGCUGCGCCGAGGCCAGAUCCUCUGGUUCCGCGGCCUCAACCGCAUCCAGACCCAGAUGGAAGUAGUUAGCACCUUCAAGAGAAGCGGCUCCUUUCAGGGGGCCGUGCGGCGCCGCUCCUCGGUCCUCAGCCAGCUGCACGAAGUAACCAAUCUUUCUACCCCUACUCACGUAAUUCUCUCCGCUGGCAAUCCCACUUCUGCCACCAUCGGGAAUCCGCGUGGUGAAGGCGUUCCGUAGCUCGCUCUACGAGGGCCUGGAGAAGCCGGACUCCAAGACCUCGAUCCACCAGUUCAUGGCCCCCCCGGAGUUCCUGCUCAACGACUACACCCACAACAUCCCCCUGAUCGACGACACCGACGUGGAGGAGAGCGAGGCCGCCCGCCGGCCCCCCCCCAACACCAACAACAACGCCAGCCACCGCGCCGAGGGCUCCAAGCCGGCUCCCUGCGCCAGCCCGCUGCACAGCAUGGAGACCUCCCUCUGACGCCGCCGGCCGGGGCGGCCAGUCCACCGGCUCCUUCGGCCGCGCCGAGCUGGGGCUGGGAGCCACCCCCGUUUCUGUGGGGAGCCCCACGCCCAGCCCAGGCCUGCGCCCCGGGGCCCGCAGACUCCUUGUGGGGCCAGCGCCGGCCGGGAAGGGCCCGCCGCGGGCGGGGCGAGGGCCCAGUUACCGCUCCAGAGCCUCACUCUAUACCAUACCGACGGCCUGUCUCCCGGCGCAUGCCGGCCCCCAUCCAGCACCCCCGGGCCCAUGGCAGCCCAGGCGCUGGGCAGCGGGCGGGGCGGGUUCUUUGGCUGCUUUUUAGUCGUCGGGCGCUGGAGCCGCUGUGUAACAAGGGCCUGGGGAUCGGGGCCUGUCCCACUGGACCCUGCCCGGCCCCCCAACCACGAGCAGGGCCCCCGCUGCGCUGCGUCACCCCCCCGAGCCAGAUGGGAGACGCCCGUCCCGCCGGGUGCUGCGCAGAUACAGGGUGAGAGGCAGCCCCCCCCCGCCCCCAAGUACUGCUGGGGAGGGGACGCUACAGCGUGGGAGGGGCAUCCGCUCUGGUUCCCAACACCCCUCCGGCGGCACUGCCCGGCGCCCAGGCCCCCCCCGCCUCUUCGGGGCACCCACCAGUCCCCAUGGAGAUUGGGGGUGGCACAGGAGCAGCCCCUCAGCUGCCCUUGGGGGUGGAUGGAGCUGCCCCAUUCACACCAGCUAGGGCUGGCCCUCAGGUGUUACCUAUGGACCUUCAGCUCCCCCCCCUGAGGCUGGGAGCCCGGACUCCUGGGUUCUCUCCCCCACUUUGGGAGGGGAGUGGGGGCUGGUGGUUAGAGCAGGAGGCGCUGGGAGCCAGGA